AUGACGGCGCCGAUCCACGCCCCGAGCCGCCGGAAUGACCCCAGUAUGACCCAGUACAACCCACAGCCCCCCCUGGGCCCCCCCCCGGGCCCAGCCCCCCGGGCCCAGCCCCAAUCCCGGGAUGAGGAUUUUUACUGUGUCAAAUGGAUCACCUGGAAAGGGGAGCGCACGCCCGUGGUCACCCAGAGCGAGAACGGGCCCUGCCCGCUGCUGGCCAUCAUCAACAUCCUCCUCCUGCAGUGGAAGGUGAAGCUGCCCCCGCAGAAGGAGGUGAUCACUGCCGAGGAGCUGAUGGCACAUCUGGGGAAUUGCAUCCUGGCCACCCAACCCCGGGACACCUCGGAGGGGCUGCAGCUCAAUUUCCAACAGAACAUCAGUGACACCAUGACGGUCCUGCCAAAGCUCUCCACGGGGCUGGACGUCAACGUGAGGUUCACGGGGGUCUCAGAUUUCGAGUACACCCCCGAGUGCAUCGUCUUCGACCUCCUCAACAUCCCUCUCUACCACGGCUGGCUGGUGGACCCCCAGAUCCCAGAGCAGGUCCAGGCCGUGGGCAAGCUCAGCUACAACCAGCUGGUGGAGAAGAUCAUCACCUGCAAACAGGCCAGCGACUCCAGCCUGGUGAGCGAAGGGCUGGUGGCCGAGCAGUUCCUGGAGGCCACGGCGUCGCAGCUGACGUUCCACGGGCUGUGCGAGCUCACGGCCCGCGCCCGCGAGGGCGAGCUCGGCGUCUUCUUCCGCAACAACCACUUCAGCACCAUGAUCAAGCACAAGGGCCACCUUUACCUGCUGGUGACGGACCAGGGGUUCCUGCAUGAGGAGGGGGUGGUGUGGGAGAGCCUGCACAGCGUGGAUGGGGACAGCUGCUUCUGUGACACCGAGUUCCACCUGAGCCACGCCCCGGGCAAGGACGGGGCCACCGCGGCCACCCCGGACCCCCGGCUGCAGCAAGUGGACCAGGAUUACAUGGUGGCCCUGUCCCUGCAGCAGGGGCAGGGGCAGGACCCCCCCUCCGUGCUCAGCGACCUGGAGCUGGCGCGGCAGCUGCAGCAAGAGGAGUAUCAGCAGCACCAUCCUCAUCCUGCACCUCCUCAGCUGCUCCCAGCACAGGCGGGCGGGCGUCCGGCCGGAGAGCGGCGGCAGCGGCAGCGGCCGGAUUUGGACUGUACCCUCCUGUAGCACCGCGUGCCGUGGGGUCCCCACUCUGCAUCCUCCAGGGACAUCCUGUGGGAUCUGGAGUGGACACACGGAUGAGGGGUGACCGUCUGAGGCCACCCCAGGACCACCCCAAACUUCCCAGUGGCCUUAAUACAGGGGGGUUCCACACCUCAGUCCAUGCUCUGACACACGGGUGGACGCGUGGCUGGGGGGGGGACACGUGCACCCCCCUUUUCAAAAUGUGGCCUUAGCCCUUGGCAAGUAAAGGACUUGUCCCCCUGCA